AUGGCUGAUGCUGCCAUCCAGCCAUCGCAGCCGGUGGCGAAUCCGCCGGUCGUUAAAAGAGCUCGUCGUCACCGGCCUGCAUGGCACCGCCCACCCGAGCAGUACCAGAGCCAAAGCGUGAUGGCUGCCCUCUUCAAGGCUCUCGAGACAAACGAUCUCCAUACGUUUGACAAGGUCAUUUCCGCGUUCCUUGCACUUGGUCCGGCCACAGGCCGCGACGCACGAACCAUCCACUCGCUUUCCUCCAUUAUGUACGAUGUGCUGCGUGUCGACAACGUCGCGUUUGCCGAGCGGCUGCUCCAGCGCGGUGUCCCUAUCCGGCACGAUGUUUUCGGGGCCGCACUCGACGAGAGCGCCCUCCGCUGCCUGGCACUGUUUCUCCGGUCGGGUUACGACGUGAACGAACCCGAGGGCGCCACCACGCCACCAGUCUGGGCCUUCUUUUCCGAUGACGAGGAGCUGACCUACUGGCUGCUAGACCACGGCGCCAACAUGAACGUGGACGCGCCGUACUGGAACAUGACGGCCAUGUCCAAUGUUGUCCAAUGGGGCACGCUCGAGCUGGUGUGCGACCUCCUCAACGACCCCCGCCACCUCGUCGACAUGAACAAGGGCGACCUGCUGCACUACGCACUCAACCGCGAGACCGACGACAUCGUGCCGGUCCUGGCGCUGCUGCUCGACCACGGCGCUCCGAUCAACGAGGGCCUGUUUGCACGCCACCGCAGCUGCGCCGAGAGAAUGCACUUCAUGCCGCAGGGCCCGCCCCUGCACACGGCCGCCGAAAAGGGCAACCUAAAGGCCGUGCAGUUCCUGCUGUCGCGCCACGCCGACGUGUCCAUCCGCGACACCAAGGGCGAGACCGCGCUGUGUGUUGCGCAGACAAACGGGCACACAGAGAUUGCCGAGGUGCUGCAAGAGGCCAUGGCCAAGUACAAGGCGCAGCACUUGUAA